UAGGGUUUUUUUCCAGAAAUUUUUCGAUUUUUUCUCGCCUUUUAAACCUACCCUAGACCUCCACAAACAUUUCAAGACUUAGAUAAGAUAAAUCCGUUCAGCCGUUCUCGAGUUUUAGUGACUAACGAACAGCAAUUCAUUUUUAUAUAUAUAGAUAGAUAAAUAACAAGCAAACGUAAUUAUUCAAAAGGUAUACAAACUAAUCAACGACUACUAUAGAACCUUAACCUACUACUAAAGAUAGGAAAGUAGACUAUAGUAGACUUUAGCCGUAGUAUCGAGUUCAUUCAAAAUUGUAAUCUUAGCUGUCAGUGCCAAACAACAUUCAAAUUGAAGGUGACAUAUACCAGUCAAAAAUAUCAAAUGUAUUUUUAAAGUUGAAUGUCAAAUGGCGUCCUAGAAAUAUUUAGUUUUUAUAUGUUUGUUUCCAUAAAUUUUGUAAUUUAUAUAGCGACGAAUACAAUUAAUUAUGAAGGAUAAUUUAGUAUUUUCCUAUGAACUGUAAGUUGUAUUAUCAAAAUGGAAGCCCAUUUACACGACGUGCCUGUCCUAAGUACUUUACAACCGAUGCACAUACAUCAACAACAACAAAAUAUAAAUCAGAUAAAUAUUCAACAUCAGCAGCAAGUAGAACCUCUUCCGCCGCCUCCAGAGCACAAGCCAAAAGUAGACAAAAAGAAAAAAGAGGCUAUAGAUGGACAAGCACGCGAAAUUAUAUUCAAAGUAAUAAAAUUCUUCGAAAGCGAAAAGCAAAAUAGAGGAUAUGCAUUUCCAGUGGAAAAUGUAGUAAAACGCGCCUGUGCAGCAACUGGGCUCUCUGAAAGUACAAUAAAACGAAUAAAAAGGGAGGGAUUGCGAGCUGAGGCGACCCAAACUAAAAUGACUGGACCUAAGAAGAAACGAAUGCGAAAAACCAAAGUUCAGUUAGAUUACUAUAAACUGUGUGCCCUGCGGGGCAUAGUAAAUAGUUACGCGUCAAGAAAAGAAGUACCAACGUUAGGUAAGAUUCUAGCUGCUGCUAAACAUGAGCUAGAUUAUAGAGGUGGUAAGGAAUCGCUAAGAUUAAUAUUACUUAAUAAAUUAGGUAUUAAAUUUAAAAAAUGUGAAAAGAAAAAGAGUGUUAAACAAGAAGAGGUUCCUCCACAGUACCAGCCUCCACCUCCAGUAAUGACACAUAUCCAAAUGGAGCCCAUGAAGCCAGAAAACCAUUGUAUUUAUACAAAUAUGAUGCCUCAUGUUCCACCUGUGUCUUAUUAACAGUAUUAGUGUACAUAUGUUCUGAGUAGAAAUAUAUAAUUUACUAUAUUAAUUUGCAUGCACGGCAUGUAUGGUGAUAUAAACAUUGUAAUAAGGUUAGAAUCUUAUUACAAAUUAUAUGUUUUCCAUAGAAUAGAUUCUAUGACAAACAUAUAACAAUCUAAUGAAACAGUUUUUUAGUUUCACAGUAACCAGUGAUUACUUCAUAGAUAUAUAGAGAAGAUUGGCUAUGAUUAUCUUAUAGUCAACAAAGGUUUAUGGUAAGCCCUGUAUAAUGUGUUGAAUAUUAAACAUUUAAUAUACUAUGAAAAUAAUAAUCUUAGUUGUGUGGGCACAGAUUAAUAGACAUAUUUACUGAAAAUAUUAUAUUAUUAUAAUUAUUUUAUAUCUUAAGAUACUCUUGAAAAUAAACUUGUAAUAUGAAACCUCAAGUAUGAACCACUAUUGUAAAAUAUGUAUCUUUAAAUAGGAACUACUAUUAAGUACUAUCAUUAAUUUUACAUGUAUAUAAUUAGUAAUAUGUAUUAAUAAUGCACCUGUUUUGUACUUUUGUAGAAAAUGCAAUAAGUAAAUGAAAUUAAACAAAAUUAUUUUUAUGCACAAUCAUUAAUGUAAUGCUAGAUAUAAAAUUUGUUUUAAAUUGCCUCUGUAAUACUAUUAAAAGCAAGUACCCUGCUUUGUGGAUUUGACUCCCCAUGGUCAUGUCCACAAGCAUUGAAGUCAGUAUUAUCCUAAAUUAUGCUGAGGUUAUCCAAGCAAUGUCAAACUAAGGGUAAAACUCAGAGUCCAGACAGUCCCAGUAUACAUCCAAUAUGUCAGCAAGAUAUGAUAAAGAUUUGACGUACGGGAGUCAUACUUAGCGUAUAGUCUCUUCUCUAAAUAUAACUCUUAGUAUAUGCAGUAGGAAUUUCAUUAUAUAAAUAUCUACAAUAGAUACAAAUCUGGCUCCAAUUUGCAUUUCUAAUUGAAGGCUGGCUGCUGGAUCUGCUGUUGGUUGUUCAUACUUUCAUUAUAUACCCAAGGACUAAUUCUUGGAGAAUAAAAUUAAUUUGUUUGAUCCGACAGUUGACUGCCAGUUUAUUUCAAUAUUACAU